AUGGACGAUGCGAGCUCGACGCACCACUCCAAUGCGAAUCCCAACUCCAACACCAGCGCCCACACCAACGUCGGCACCAAUGCCAAUAACAGUCCGAACGCCGGCACGGCCGCGAAGGCUCCGCGGCAAGGCCGCUCGCGGACGACCGUCGUCUGCGGUGAGUGCAAACGCCUCAAGCUGAGAUGCGACCAGCGGCACCCGUGCGCGAGCUGCACGAAGCGCCGCACCGUUGAGAGAUGUAUCUACGCCCCGGGCGCGGCUGAGAAAGUCGACGUCGCCUCCCUCAACAACCGCCUCAUCCCAGUCGAAGCUCUGCUCACCCUCCUCACCGCCGGGCAGUUCCAGUCGACCUACCCGCUCGCGAACCCAGCUGUAGCGCUGCCGGUGGGGUUUUCGUUCGACCCAGCGUCGUUCAGCGCGUUACUCAACAGCUUGUUGACCUCGUCUGGGUUUAACCCGUCCACGCCGGAAGCUGCGACGUCGAGCGCCACGCAACACGACGCGCGUAAACACUCUCAACACCAUAGCUAUACCCACAACCACCACAACCACCAAGCGAGCCUGCGCCUCCAUGAGCCUCGACAUACGAUAUUCCUGUCGGCACACGACCUCGCGCUCGCCCUCCUCGAGGAGCUAGAUCUCGACAUGGAUUCCGACCCCGGCACUGCAUUUACGACAGACACGACGACCGACACGAACAUGACGAUUAUGGACACGACACCGACAACGACGAACAGUAAUACGAACACGAACUACAUCAAGCUCGAGCUCGACCCCUCUUCCUCUACCCAUCACACUUCCUCUUCCUUCGUCUCUUCCCCCUCCACCGCCUACCAACCCUUGCACGAGUUCGACUUCCGGUCCAGCACGUUGCGUCCUAAUACUCAUCUCCUGCUUCCAACACGAACGAAAAGCCAAGCACAAAGACAAAGAAGAAGACAAGCCCAAGCCCACCACCUCCUUCCAGCGCUGAGCAUAUACUACCCGUCGAGCAUCGGUUCAGCGUCCGGUUUAGCGUCAACCCCACUGGCAACUUCAGCAUCAUCAGCGUUCGACGACCUCGCCUCUCCUCUACCUCCUUCCUCCACCGCAACGCCUACCACCACAUCUACCUCCAAUCAAUACACCUUCCCACCGCAGGUCCGGCUCUCGCCUUACCCCCAACCUCCCCCCGCCCCCGCUUUCUCUUCUUCCUCUACUUCUGUCCACCUACUUUCCGGCCCGUCUCAAAUAGGCCAGACGACGGCCCCGAGAACCCCAAGACCGAGCACAAGCACAAGCACAAGCACAAACCCACAAAUAACACCAGCCCUCCUGUCGCUCCUCCCUCCGCGGGGGGUAUGUAAGAUAUGGUUGGGACGGGCCCGCGUUCUCCUGGAGGCCAGGAUCGGGGUGCUGUUGGCGUUCUCGUUGAGUGGAGGAAGGAGGAGUGGAGGAACAGAGAGGGGUGGGAAGGGCAAGGCGACGGAGGGCAAGAAAAAGGAGGACGCCUGGCGGUCGUUUGAGAGCCGGUGUUUGCGGGCCCUAUCUACCACCUCUGGGUUCGGGCACUCCUUUUCAUCUCCAUCUCCAUCCUUAACCUCGGCGCCACCAUACCUACACGCCCAUCCGCCGACGCACGAAAGGAAACGUACCUACAAACCGAAUGGAGACAAAGAGAGGGACAAGAAAGAACGAGAGCGGAGGGAGAAGACGGAGAGAGAGAGGAGGGAGAAGGAGAAGGCGCGGAUGAUUUACUUGAAGGGUAUGCCCGGGCUGCAAACCUCAACAUCUAUACCGUUGUCUGCGUUGGAACGGGGGGAGGGGGGUAGGAGGAGUGGGUCGAGUGCGAGUGCGAGUGGGUCUGGUUCUACCUCUACCUCCGGUAGACGACGAGAGCGGGACCGGCGCUCCGAACGCAGAGACCCAGCGCACGGCGCCGACCCAGGCGACCCAGGAGAUGAACCAGGGCAACAAGAGCAAGAACACGAACCCGAAUCCCUCCCGUUCUUCGCACUUCUAUGUUUCGUGCUCGCCGUCGGGGCGUCCUCUCCUGCUUCACCCUCGUCUCCGUUGGAAAGUGGUAACGAGCCGCACACGCAUACACCUGGGUUUCUGUUCGAGCUUGGGCGGCAGGCUUUGGGUGUGUGGGAUACUUGCUGUCCUUCUUUCUCUUCCUUUUCGUCUUCGUCUUCGGCUGGUGGUUUGGGCAAGGAGAGGAUGGAGAGGGAGAGGGAGGAGUACGUCCUCGCGUGCGUCGUUGGGGUGGUUUACCUCGUCCGGGCGGGGACUAUCCAGCGUCCUUCGUUUGGUGUGGAAGAUGCGGAUGAUGAUGAUGAAAUGGAUAGAGGAGAGGCAGGGGACGCAGACGCGGAGGGACAAGUUAUUGCACUCGUCGGCAAGAUGAUCAACGCAGCGCGUUCUUUAGGACUCGACCGACUCUCAUCCCCAUUCUCAUCUCUUCUCUCCGAGUCCGAGUCCAGGUCGAAGGGCAAAGGCAAGGGCAAAGGCAAACACCCCAUGAAGGAGGAUGGGGAGAGGGAAGAGUGGAAAAAGAUGUUAUGGUGGGAGGUGCUGUUCUGGGAUCUGUUCACAGCCGACGCCCAACACCGCGCGCCCCUCGUCCCGCUCGACGCCUACCUGAGCAAUAGUUUACCCUUUUGUGCUGGCCUUCAACUUUCCUCGACCUCGGAAGCCCAGGACGACGACGAAGGUGAUGAGGAUGAGGACGAAGGUAAUGAGGGCGAAGCAGACGACGAACAUGAUGAAGAAAACGAAGUGGAAGACGAGCGGAGAUACAAGCCUGUGUUGCGGUUGGACGAGCAAGCACAGGCGGGUGGAGAGGAAAGAGACGAAGAAGCAGAUGGUGGUUUGGACAUGGAGAAGGCCUACGCUGGGGCGCGCUAUCGCCUAACACACCUAACGGCCCUCAUCAAAGACCGCGUCGCCCGCCCGUCUUGCAGCUGCUGCGGGUACACCCUCGAGGAGGCCCUGGCGCUUGAGGGUGAGGUUGGGAGGUUUGGGGCGGGGUUGCCUCCUUCCCUUCGUCUUUCACCCACAUCCUCCUCGGCGGAACUCGCGAUGAUGGCGGGUCUGCUCGUCCUGAUGGUCUACAAGCCGUUCUUACUCCGGGGUCGGGGUGGUAAGGACGCGAGCGUGCCAGGAUCGGCGCCAGUGCCAGCACCUGGGCCAGCGCAGGAGGCGUGUGUUAGGGCAGCACGGGGUGUCUUGAGGGCUGCGAAGGAGCUCAAGUCCUUGUCUUCCUCCUCCUCCUCCUCUUCUCCUUCGGUGUUCCUCGACCUCUACCCACUCGACGAGACACUCCUCGACGCCAGCGUGAUAUGCGCACACGCGGCGUUACACCCACGUCCCUCAUCUUUAAGCUCUUUCGGCUAUGCAAACACAAACGCGGGAGACGGCAAGGAGAGAGUGGUGCUGGUGGAGGUUGUUAGAUCUGCGCUGGACCUCAUCUCCGGGCCCAACACCAGCUUGACGGGCAGGCAGAGGUGGGUUGUGGAGGGUCUGCGGGAGCGGCUUGUGAGGAGCGUUGGCGAAGGUGCGGGUGCGGGUGGUGGUGUCGGAGCAGGCGCGAGUGGGAAGAAGAGCGGAGGUGCGAGCAAGGGAAAGAAAGCGGGCGAAGUGACCCCGACGCAUACGGGGCUGAAGCGGAGGCGUGAGGACGACGACGAUGAAGGUACUGGUGGUGGUACUGGGAGUGGUGGUAGGGGGUUUGGAGGUGCAUUCUUUCAAGUUCGUCCGUGUGGAGAAAGUGCUGACGGUGGUCGCAUCGUAGGUUCGGUCAACCUCAACCCCAACCCCGGAACCACGUCGACUUUGUCCUCCACAUCGACAUCGGUAUCGACAACAUCCCCAUCCCCAACAGUGAUGGCGACAGAGUACCACCUAUCGAACAACGGGGCUGCUGGCGCUGGCGGUGGGGAGGGCAUGGUGUCUGGAUAUGACUUUGGCGGCAGUAGCGGUAAUCCAACUACCUCUCAAUCCCUCUAUAACCCUUUUCCGACACAGUACGCCGCGCUUCAACUGCCGCCCCCGCUGCCUCAACCAGACCAGGUGGGGCUGCACGGCGUUCACAACAGUCAGCAGCACCACAGUGGGAUGGUGGACAUGUCCUCGUCGCAGACUCAAGAAUAUGUCUAUAGUGAUCAAUAUCAGGGGCUGUCCUCGCCUUCCGCGUACACGCAACAACGAGAACUUCAUCAGCAAGGAUCGGCGGGGAUGCCGCACGUCCAAGGAUCGACGUCGGUGCCUGCUUCGAUGCCCUCACCUUCGACUUCGACUUCUGUGGCGGAUCCACACAUGAGGCUCGCGGAUCUGGGUCGGAACUCGGGUUCGGGUGGUGGUUUGUCGGGCCCGCGCUCUGCCGGUGCUCGUGCCGGUGGGCAAGUCGAGAAGAUGGAGGACGACGCUGAGCGGCAACGCGAGAGGGCUAGGGAUAAGGACCGCGAGCGGGGUGAUUCCAACUCCAAACAGAAGGACAAGGAUAAAGACAAGGUCAAAGACAAGAAACAUGCGAAGACGCAGAGGACGUACCCCGCCGUUGGGAUCCGCGUGCGCGAUCGGGCGUCGAAUCCGCUCUUAAAGUCGCGCCAGCCAGACGCGGUCACAGGCCGGUCGAUGACGACUGCUGAUACGGUUAGGGCAUAUCAGGAGCAGCAGAAGAAGUUGGCUGCAGCUGCUGCCGGUGAUAGGUCGAUGUCUGGGCAAGGGCAGGGACAGUCGUCUGCGCCACCUGCGCAGGUGCCGUCUCCUGCUGCAGCGGCGUAUCGGUCAAGAUCGUCGUCGUCGAGUAUGGCCCAGACGAAACAGAUUGACCAGCAGUUUCCUUUUAGUCAAGCGAAAGCACAGUCGAAGUUCAGUGUGCGGCAACAACAGCCUCAACACUCACAGCCGCCUUCCUUUGGCCCACACCCUCAUUCGCAGAUGUUCGAACACUCGCCUUUUUCCCAACAGCAUCAGCAGUCGCCUCUCCAGCAGUCGCCUCUCCAGCAGUCGCCUCUCCAGCAGUCGCCGCUCCAGCAACUGUCGCUCCAACACCCGCAUCCUCAUCCACAUUCACAGAGCAUGUUCACCGACACGAUGGCGUACAACCCCGUCUCCAGCCCGUUCUCCAACGCCUCGAGCUCGCCGUUCGUGUCGACGAGUUCCGGCCCACAUCCUUUGACACCGACCUUCGGCUCGCAGCACCAGCAUCAGCCUACGCCACCAUUUUUUGGCCCUCCUCCGCCUCCACCGCCGCCCCCACUACAGACGAACAGCCCGGCAAUGCAUUUCCACCCUCACACUCCGAGUGCGUAUGGAAGCUCGUGUGGAGGGUCGCCAGCGUCGUCUGGUCCGCACUCACAGAUGCACGGGCAUGGUCAGGGUAUGCAACUCGACAACAUGAGCCUGGACCAUGCGAUGCUCUCUGUGCCGAGCACGCCCGUGUACGAGGUUAAGCCGGGGUUGGAGAGCUGGCAGCGUCGCCAUCUGUCGCAAUCCCAACACCACCAGCAAGGCCAGAUGCUGCAGCAGUAUCAUCAUGACUCAGUGGGCCCGCAGUAUGACCAGGAGAUGUCUCUGCCAGCUCAGCCGUACCAGCAGCAGCAAUAUCAGAUUGAGUCGGGUAUGGCGAUUUCGUCGCCCUGGUCGGCUCAACCGCACCAGCACCAGCACCAGCAACAACAACCGUCAACAGAAUCCCAGCCUUUCUGGAAUCCUGGCGGCGAUUUUAAAUUCAAUUGA